AUGGCAUUAGUAGUCGAUCUAAAUGCUGGUCAAUUAGCUGCGCUAAUUGGUGUCAUUAACGUUUUAUUACCUAUUCUUAUAAGUGGAAUAGGAGUUCUAGCAAUAUUUAUGAGUACUAGUGAUAAAAUGACAGCCUUAGAGUGGACAACUCUAAGUAAAAUAUCUCAAAAUAUUCCACUUAGUUAUUUUGGAACCGGUGGUCAACCCGCGUUAACAGGAAUUAGAUUGUGGAGUUUAGGAUCGUAUAAGCGUAACGUACUUUAUUUACUUAUUGGGAUAUGUCCAAUAUUAUUGUAUGGAGCAUCUGCUAUUGCACCACUUGAAUUAUCACAAGUUAGAACUUGUGGUUUAUUUGAGUUUAAAUCAUGUUUGGGAAUGAUCGAUAAUCUUCAUGUUGAUGACACAUAUUUAACCGACUUUAACAAAUCAUAUAGUAACUUUGCAAUGAGAUAUCGUCUACUGGAUUCUUAUAGUGAUGAUAAUAUUACAUUUCCUACCAAUUCCUUUAAGAUGAGUGUGGUAACAAGUACAAAAAAAGGUUAUGGAAUUGUUGAUACAAUGGUAGUAGAUCAUGAUAAUGGUGGACUCUUGAUGAAUCAUGCGAUUGGACCUAAAGAAAAAGUUGGCGAAAAAUACAACUGGUCAAUUAAAGGCAUGUGGUUACAACCACACGUCAUUUGUAAAUCAACUAAUUUCACACAAGUUUCAAAUAAAAAUGGAACUUUCGAUUGGCAAGCCAAAUUGUACAUUAAAAACACUGAUAUGUAUCCUCCUCAGAUAAAUCCAAUUGGUGAUCGAGGUCAGAUGACAGAUCUUUCAUAUAGAAGUUCCAGAUAUAGUACAUUUAUAAAUUUAGCUAUUAGGAAGAAAUUUAAUUUGACAAAUAAUGGAAAUUAUCUUGAGUCUUCAGCUUAUAGUCUUUUAACAUCACCGGAAACUAUCAAUAAAUAUUCUCUUCCCAAGUUACCUAAAAUACUCACUUCUGACGAUGAUGAUGAUGAUCUUGCUAUUGAUAUUUCGUGUGAUGGAUUUGGUGGUAUAGACAAUCUUGCAGAUAAUAUAGUUGGUGUCAAAUGUUGGAAAUUAUUAGGACCACCAAAACUUACUGCAAGUGGAACAGAACAAAUUUUAUAUGGAUGCGCUAGUAUGAUUGAAGCAAGUGUUAAUAUAAUUGAAUUGCAAACUAAUGCAACUCAAGAAAUAAAUAUAGUAAAUAAACAAACUAUUCCAGCGCAAUGGUAUAUUGAGAAGAGUAACGUCAGUAUUCGUGAUAUGGAUCCUUGGUGGGGAGGAGUCGAAUUUGGAGAAAACGUUCCUAACAACAGCGCGAUAGUAAGUGAGAAUAAUCUUUUGUUACCUGCAGGAACUGCCUUCUUUUCUGGAAACGGUGAUGGUGCACAAAGUGCUUCUGCUAUUGGUGGAUCAUCGUUUUUUAUGUCCAAUAUCAACUUUGAUGUUUAUGGUUAUAAUGGAGAUGGUACCGGAAAUUUGGCUCUAUUAAAUCAAUGGAAAGAGGAAGGUACAACUGAAGAAGGUAUAAGUCGUAUGUUUCAACGUCAAUGGACUGAUAUUAUGAUUAAUAUGGUAACACCUACCAAUGAUGCUAAGAUCAUUGGUCAAGUCCAAAUUAUGAAAGAUAAAACAUGCUAUGACUUACGUUACGCCACACAAUAUUUUAUAGCUAUUAUUGGAUUAAUAAUUAUAAUUCUUAUAUCUUUACCAAGAUCCAUUUGUUGA